AUUUUUAUAUUUUUGGCUUUUUUUGAGGUGUAACAAACACAACUCAGGAUCCGAGAGGACACUCUGCGGCUGCCAGCGAGGCGGGCUGGACAGCGCACCAAUCACGGCGCAGCUCCGCCCUAUAUAAACGGGCGGGCGCAGCGCCGCGGCCCGAGUCCCGGCCAGUGCCUCUGCUUCCGGCUCGAAUUGCUCUCGCUCACGCCUGCCUUCAACAUGUCCGAGACUGCGCCCGCCGCGCCCGCUGCUCCGGCCCCUGCCGAGAAGACACCCGUGAAGAAGAAGGCCCGCAAGUCCGCAGGUGCGGCCAAGCGCAAAGCGUCUGGGCCCCCGGUGUCCGAGCUCAUUACUAAGGCUGUUGCCGCCUCCAAGGAGCGCAGCGGUGUAUCUUUGGCCGCUCUCAAGAAAGCGCUGGCAGCCGCUGGCUAUGACGUGGAGAAGAACAACAGCCGUAUCAAGCUGGGUCUGAAGAGCCUGGUGAGCAAGGGCACUCUGGUGCAGACCAAGGGCACAGGCGCGUCGGGUUCUUUCAAACUCAACAAGAAGGCGGCCUCUGGGGAAGCCAAACCUAAGGCUAAAAAAGCAGGCGCGGCUAAGGCCAAGAAGCCAACAGGAGCAGCGAAGAAGCCCAAGAAGGCGACGGGGGCAGCCACCCCUAAGAAGAGCGCCAAGAAGACCCCAAAGAAGGCGAAGAAGCCAGCUGCGGCUGCUGGAGCUAAAAAAGCGAAAAGCCCGAAAAAGGCAAAAGCAGCUAAGCCAAAAAAGGCGCCCAAGAGCCCAGCGAAGGCCAAAGCAGUGAAACCCAAGGCGGCUAAACCAAAGACCGCCAAGCCCAAGGCAGCCAAGCCAAAGAAGGCGGCAGCCAAGAAAAAGUAGAAAGUUCCUUUGGCCAACUGCUUAGAAGCCCAACACAACCCAAAGGCUCUUUUCAGAGCCACCCACCGCUCUCAGUAAAAGAGCUGUUGCACUGUUAGGGGGCGUGGCUGGGGAAAACGCUGCAAAGCAGGGGCGGGUCACCUUCCCGGGAACAAAGUUGGGGGGGAGAGGAGUGGGAUUGUGUGUUUGUGGCUCGGAGCUGCUUUUGACUAAGGGGUCGCGUCGCUUUCCGUCGCCCAAGCCGGAGUGCAGUGGCGUCAUAGCGGUUUUACUGCGUUCUCGAAUGCUGGAGUUGAACCCAUUUGGGCCUCCCUAGUACUUAUGCACUUAGCAGGACCUGGCCUGCAGACAGCAUGGGAAAAAAUGGGGCAAUUUCUGUGCUGGUUGCAAGCCUACUGGUUUUCCCUACGGAGUAUGGCAAGCAAUAACGGAGUUCAGAGGGGAGAGACAUGAAGACAGAGGAGAAAUGAAUGCAUAAAAUAACUGAAAAUAUGAAUCUAUACAUAGAACUUAGGAAGUCUCGUCUGCCUGAAAAUGACUGUGUGGAUCCCACCCAAAUCCAACUCAUCCUGGUUUGCUACACACUGGUUCAUCAAAAGAAGGUUACCGAGGGGAAGCAACUAAAGGUGUUUGCACUUCAUGUUACUUUUAUAAACAUAAAAAUAGAAUUUACUUCUGUUACAGACCUAGUUACUGGGAAUUCAUUACUUGCCAUGGACUACCUUUGCUAAGAAAAUUCUGAAUGAGAAGAUGGCAGGAAGUCUGAAAAAAAAGUUAUAAUUAAUAAAAUAUGCGGAGAAUUGUAAA